AUGAAAUUUCUCGCAAUUUUCAGUAUUUUAUCGUUGCAAAUUGACUGCCAAAUGCUCUACAAACUGCAAUGUCCGGUGAAUAAUUACGCGUGGGGUGCAAAAGGCGAGUCAAGUAUGGCUGCAAUUCUCGCGCUCGCUGGCAAUCACAUCUCCCACAUCGACCCGAAUAAAACGUAUGCUGAAUUUUGGGUGGGGACACAUCAAAAUGGACCGGCGCGAGUUAUAGAACUCGGGAAAUCGCUAGAGGAAGCGAUUCGGGAGAAUCGCGAGUUGGUCGGCGAGAAGGAGAGCGAAAAAUUGACGUUUUUGUUCAAGGUUUUGUCGGUGGCAGGACCACUUUCUAUUCAAAUUCAUCCAACUAAAGUGAGCUAAUUUUUAAUGAAAAAUAUAGGUUUUCUAGUAGAUUUCGAGGUGCUGAUCAUUAUUCCCUUGUCAAAAAUUGCAAAUCUCAACUCCUAAUAUGAGUUAUCAAGUGGCAAAGUUGGAAAAUUGGGACUUUAGAAGGUCAGAACUAGAUUUCAAAAUGAUGUUUUUGAAAAUUUGAUAUCAUAGCGUUGUUCAGAAGGGUCGAUAACAUAAAGUUCAAUAAAUUUUCUGUAGUCUGAACGAUUUUUCAGAAAAGUUAUUGAACUUUAUGUUAUCAACCUUUCUGAACAGCGCUAUGCUAUCAAAUUUUCAUGAACAUCAUUUUGAAAUCUAGUUCUGACCUCCUAAAGUCCCAUUUUUCCAACUUUGCCACUUGAUAACUCAUAUUAGGAGUUGAGAUUUGCAAUUUUUGACAACGGAAUAAUAAUCAGCGGCUCGAAAACUAUUAGAAAAAAUAUAUUUCAUUUGAAAAAUUUCUUUAAAAGUUUCGGAUUUCAGAAAAACCUUCUGUAAUUAUGUAAUCCAUCUUCCUGAAUCAAAUUCUCAUGAAAAUUAUUCUCAAAGUCAGCUAUAGCUUUGUAAAAUCCCAAAUUUGCCACGUCAUAACUCAUAUUUGGACGAUUUUUGAUGAAAUAUAUGUUUUCUAGUAGUUUUCGAGUCAAAAAUUGCAAAUCUCAGAAAGAUUUCCGGAUUUUAAAUAGAAGCUAACUUUCUGAUAUAAAGUUAGUUAGCCUUGUAAGAUCUGGAAAUUUUCAUAACUCAUAUUAGGAGUUGAGAUUUGCAAUUUUAGACAAUGGAAUAAUGAUCAGCGGGUCGAAAACUACUAGAAAACCUAUAUUUCAUCAAAAAUCCACCAAAUAUGAGUUAUGACGUGGCAAAAUUGGGACUUUACCAAGCUAUGGCUGAUUUUGAGAGUAAUUUUCAUGAGAGUUUGAUUCAGGAAGGUUUUUUUUCUGAAAUUUGAAAAAUUUCGGGAAAAUCUUCUGUAAGUUAACCUAAGUCAAAUUUUCCAGGCUCAAGGCAAAAUCCUGCACUCCAAAGACCCCAAAAACUAUCCCGACGAUAAUCAUAAACCAGAAAUCGCCAUAGCAUUGACAGAAUUCGAACUUUUGUCGGGAUUUCGACAACAUUCACAGAUUUCGGAUUUCCUGAAGCGUGGGUUUCUUGUUUAUUCAAAAAAAAAUCGAUAAAUUUUCCCUUUCAGUGUAUUCUGAGAUUCAAGAGCUUCUCAGUGACGAGGAUCGCGUGCAAAUCGAUAAUUUGGGCUCGUUUGGUGAGAGCAGUUCGAAGGCACUCAAGAUUAUUUUUUCGAGAAUUUGGAGGAGUGAAAAAUCGAAGUUGGGAGUUGUUGUGGAGAAAUUGGCGAAUCGAUUGGCGGGGCAAGGUGAUUUUUAACGAAUUUUAAAAUUCGCGCUUCAGAAUUUUAAAUUUUCUUUCCCGGAUAAAAUAAAACUUUCGAUUUUCAAAGGAACUUCAAAAGAUUGUGAAAUGAACUUUUGACAAAACACGGUGAAAUGUACUGAAUCGAACACGCUGAUCACGAUUCAGAUGUCAAAAAUUGCCAGGAACAAUUUCGAGCACUAAUUUUGAGCUCCAAAUUUGAAAUUGAGUUCUGUUUUUCGGCAAUUUUCCUCGAGUUUCCGGAAAAAUCAAAUUUUAUAACAUAUUCAAGUUAUAAAAUUCGAUUUUUCUGCAGAACGGAAAAUUGCCAAAAACCAGAACUCAAUUUCAAGUUUGGAGCUAAAAUUAAUGCUCACAGAUGUUUCUGGCAAUUUUUGACAUCUGAAUCGUGAUCAGCGUGUUCGAUUCAGUACAUUUCACCGUGUUUUGUCAAAAGUUCAUUUCACAACCUUUUGAAGUUCCCUUGAGAAUCGAAAGUUUUAUUUUAUCCGCGAAAGAAAAUUCAAAAAUUUAAAUUUCUGAGCAAUGGGUUGGUUUGUCAAUCAGAUUAAUUUGACAAAAAUCCACUGUUUCAAAAAAUAUUUUAUGAAUUUUCACGACAAUUUUUAUUAAUCUUAUCGAAGCCUCCAAAAUGCCAACCUAAUUUUUUUGAAACAGCAAAUUUUUUUGUUGAAAACUUCAGACCAAAAUUGAUGGAUUAUAAUCCUGAAAUUUUGAAUUUUUGAAUUCCAGUCAAAAAUUCAAAUAAAAUUGUAUUAUCAAAAUAAAAAUAUUUGGCAAAAAAACGGAGCCCAGAAAUUCAAAUGAUACUCUUCCCAAGUACGGUGUUUCUUUCAGUCGCUGCGAGACCCACAUGUGCGUCUUUGACUUUGUUUCUCUGCCCAAUGGUGUGGUCUCGAAACGGUGUUAGUGACGCAGAGAAAUACCGUACUUGGGGAAAUUGGGAUUUGAAUUUCUGGCUUCUCUUUUUUUGCCAAAUCUUUUUACUUUGAUAAUACAUUUUGUAACUUAUUCUAAAAAAAAUGUCUGAAAUUUUGAAUUUUCAAAAUUUUUCACAAUGAAAAUAUUUUUGAGUUGUUUCGUUUCAAAAAUCCGGGGAUUUUUGGAAAUCUGAAAUAAAAACAUUCAAAAAAAAUUGCUCAAAAAUCUACUGUUUCUAAAGCCUACAGAAAUUCCAAGAAUUUAACAAUGUCAGAAACUCCUACAUUUUUUGAAACAGCAAAUUUUUUGUUGAAAGUUUCUGACCAAUUUAAAUCCUGAAUUCUUUAAUUUCGAAAAAACGUGAUUUUUGGACGAAAAGUUUCUUUUUUUGAGAUUUUUAGGCUGGAAAAUUAGUUUUCAAAUGACUAAAAUUUUCCAGAAUUAAAUAUGUUUCAAAACUUUACUGUUUUUCGCGCGAAAAAUGAAGCUUAAAAAAUUUCCAGAAAUCAAAUCGCAACUCGACGAACUCAUCGUGUAUCUAGCCAGUUUAUACCCAGGAGAUGUCGGUGUUUUCGCUCCAAUCUUCCUCAAUCAUUUCAAACUUCAACCAGGCGAAGCUACGUUUCUGGAGCCAAAUAUGCCACACGCAUAUUUAAAAGGCGAUUGUGUUGAGUGCAUGAGUUGUAGUGAUAAUACAAUUCGAGCUGGUCUAACUCCCAAAUAUAUUGAUGUUGAGUAGGUUAUGACGUGGCAUUUUUUGAGCUGAAAAUCAAUCUGAAAUUUCAGAUCUCUGGUGGAAAUGUUGAAUUAUUCGGAGACACUUCUACCAAAAUAUAUUCCAAAUGAGUUGGCGGAUCAUACGAAAUUAUUCACGCCGAAGGGAAUUGAUGAAUUUUGGGUGCAGGAAGUUAAGGUAACUUUUUUUGGCGGGAAAUCCACGUUUUUUUGACACCAAAUAAGCAUGGGUUACUGUAGAUUUUAGGGCCAAAAUCGGGAAUUUUCUGAAAUUUUUAGAUCAAAAUUUCCCCAAAAUGUGAAGAUUUGAAAAAAUGGCUGAAAUUUUUGAAUUUUCAGCCAAAUUAUGGAGUUUUUAAUGGAAAAUGAGUUACUAGAAGGUUUUGAGCAUGAAAACUUGAAAAUUUAAUGAAAAAUUCCAGAUUUUAUGAAUUUUCAUGCUGAAAAUUCUCAAGAUUUGAAAAAAUAGCUGAAAUUUCAUUGAAAAUUGCAUUUUUAGAGUUAAUUUAACUGAAAAUCCACGUAUUUUGAGACCAAACAAGCCUAGGAUUACUGUAGAUUGCUGAAAAUUACAGAUUUUUCUGAAAUUCUGAAAAAUUCCAGAUUUUCAGCAAUUUUCAGCGCGAAUUUAACGAUUUCCAGACAAAAAUCAAUAAUUCCAGGGAUCCACCGGCGCAAAAUUCGAUCUACCAUUCGCCGAAUCCGCCUCAGUUCUCACAGUUCUUUCCGGAUCCGCAAAUGUGACCUCUGCGGAAACGCGGAAACCGGAAACCAUCAAAAAAGGAGAGGUUUUAUUCAUUUCCGCGUCGAGAUGCGGAAAAAAUCAGCCGAAAAUCGAAAUUUCCGAAGAUUUUUGGGCGUUCCGAGCGUUUCAACCAAGUUCUUCAGCGAUUUCAAAUUUUCAAAAUUAA